GAAGAAGCAGCAGCAGCUGCAGCUGUUUAUCUUCAGUCAGCACGGUUCAGUGGUCAAUACAGGGUUUGGGUGGUUUUCAGUUUGAAACGUCAUUGAGUCAGUGUCCCUUCUGCGUAAUAGCCUAGAAGCGCUAAAGAUUCGGUGUUGUACGUCUGGACCAAAGGCUCCGAUUAUUUUCGUCGCUGUUCUGGUGCUUUACGUUGCAGAAGAAUAUGGUUUUCUCAUCGUCUCAACAAGUGGUGGUCGCAUUUACGGCGGUGUUAUUUGCGUUUGUGGUGUUCCCUAGAAUGUUCGGCGUAGGGUCCGGGGCGAAGGAAACAAGAGGUUUUGAUGCACGCUACAACAGAAAAGUGGGUCCGGGACCUGGACCUGGACCAGGUGCAGUGAGAGGGCAGCCUGUCAACAUGAACACGGCCGGCUCCAUGAACAAAGCUCAGACCCUGGAGAACAUGCAACAGAUGAAGAUGAUGAUGGAGCAGGAGAUGAAGGGUGACAAAUACAAAACCAACAGCAACAAGGGCUACGUGUUCACGCUGAUGCCACUCUACGCCAUCGGAGUCGGCCUCUUUGCAGCGUACAAAUUUCUGAAGAUCAAGUCUGCAGAUGACUCCCAAGCCCAAAAGAAGAAGGAUGCACAAGGUCCCAAGAAGUCGGAGGAGACAGAGAAUCAGCUUACAGAGCUGGAGCAGCGGCUAGCGCAAACAGAGAAGAUGCUCAACUCCAUUCUCACCCAACUGGACCCAUUGACAAGUUGUGUCAAGUCUGUGGCCCAGGAACAGAAGAACGAGAUCAUGUCCCAGCUCCAGUCCAUCCGCCACCUGAUGAAGAAGAGAGGCAUGGAAUGUCCACCUCUCAACAUUGAAGAGCCGCAGUGCGAGAGGAACCUGGAUGACCUCAUCGAGUCUCUGGCAGCCCACGACGACACCCCGCCAGAGGGGGUCGCUUCUGCGGCAGAUGAACAAAGUGGUGUCGGGGAAGAGGCACCAGAGCCAGUCCACAACCAGCAUCACCACCCCGAAGCCAAGGACGAGUACUCAGCGACAGACGCUGGAGGGGAGGAGGAGGAGGAG